CUCAUCAUCCCCCCUGCCCCUCCUCUAUUCAUAGUCAAGUUGGCCUCUGCCAGCUCUCUCUUUGAUUCUCUUUCAUACUUCUGCCACCAUGCAACUACUUUUCUUCUCAUUGCCAGCACCACCACCACCUCAGACUUUUCUUGCAACUGUCCAUGAUUGUCAGGUUCCCUUUCUGACUACACCAGUUCUGUUCUUUUCUUUUUUCUUGUUGUUGGUGGUGAUGCUAUUGUUGCCUAUCCACCAAUGGCGACACCCUGAAGACAAACGUCUGCCACCUGGUUCCAUGGGUUGGCCUUAUAUUGGAGAGACUCUCAAGCUUUACACUGAGAAUCCCAAUUCUUUCUUUGCCAACCGGCAAAAAAGGUAUGGAGAUAUAUUCAAAACUCACAUAUUGGGAUGCCCCUGUGUAAUGAUUUCAAGCCCUGAGGCAGCAAGGAUUGUUCUGGUGACACAAGCUCAUCUUUUUAAGCCUACUUAUCCACCAAGCAAAGAGAAGAUGAUAGGACCUGAGGCUAUAUUCUUUCAUCAAGGUGCCUACCAUUCCAGGCUUAAGAAGUUGGUCCAGGCCAAUUUUUUACCCUCUGCAAUUAGAGGGUCAGUUUCAGAGAUUGAGCAGAUUGUUUUGAAAUUUCUACCAACUUGGGAGAAUACAACUAUUAACACUUUGCAAGAAAUGAAGAGAUAUGCUUUUGAUGUGGCAAUGAUUUCUGCCUUCGGCCACAAACAAGACUCGGAAAUGAAAGGAAUCAAGCAACUCUAUCAAUGCCUGGAGAAGGGUUACAAUUCUAUGCCUCUAGAUCUUCCAGGAACCCCUUUCCAUAAAGCAAUGAAGGCCAGGAAGCUCCUGAAUGAGACUCUGAGAAGAUUGAUACAAGAUAGAAGACAAAAUGAGAAACAAGGAGGAGGAUUGCUGGGAGUUAUGUUGGGGGACAAAAACCAGAAGGUUGAACAACUGACUGAUUCUCAGAUUGCUGAUAAUAUAAUUGGAGUGAUCUUUGCUGCUCAUGACACCACUGCAAGCGUCUUAACAUGGGUUUUAAAGUACUUGCAUGACAAUGGAGAUUUACUAGAAGCUGUCACAAGAGAACAAGAAGGUAUUCAACGCAAAAUAAUUGAAGCAAAUCGCAGGCUUACGUGGGAUGAUACAAGGCACAUGCCAUUUACUACCAGGGUGAUUCAGGAGACAUUAAGAACAGCAAGUAUACUCUCAUUUACGUUCAGAGAAGCAGUGCAAGAUGUUGAGUUUGAAGGCUAUUAUAUCCCCAAAGGUUGGAAGGUUCUUCCUCUCUUCAGAACCAUUCAUCAUUGUGCAGAUUUCUUCCCUCAACCCGAAAAAUUUGACCCUUCAAGAUUCGAGGUUCCACCAAGACCCAACACGUUUAUGCCAUUUGGCAAUGGAGUUCACUCUUGUCCAGGCAGUGAACUGGCUAAGCUUGAGAUGUUGGUGCUCCUCCACCAUCUCACCACCAGCUACAGGUGGCAAGUUGUAGGAGAUGAGGAUGGAAUCCAGUAUGGUCCCUUUCCUGUGCCAAAACGGGGCUUACCUGUAAAGGUCACCCCGAUAAAAAUAAAGGCAGCAUGAACAAUAGGAUUUCUGGAUUUGGACUCAAUGAUGAUUGAAACUUUGUUCACCGGGGCCAAAAGCAAGCUAAACCCAUUAAGCUUUUCUUCUUUCUUUCUUUCUUGUUUUCCCUCCUUUUUGGUUGUUAAAUUUGUCUUUGUGAAUCUUUUCUAAUAGCUUAAAAGCUUUCUUGAGGUAGGGUUUGUUCAGGGUAAAGCAAAUGUAUUGUGUAUAAAAACAAAAACAAUAAGCAAAAUACAAGGGAAAAAAAAAACUGUAUUUGCAUUUGUGCGUUUGAAAGCAAGUUUGUUUUUGAGGAUCAAAUCUGUG